UGUGCUUGGUUGAAAUGGGGCUGUGACCCAGUUAUUAGCACUGGACUUUGAAAGACCACGACCUCCUCAUCAGACCCUGUUUGAUCUCCAUGUGAUAACUUCAAUUCUGAAGGACAUGACGUCUGAUCUUGUGGCAAUCGAACAGCCAAAGUACGCUUGGUUUGGGAGUCAUUUCCUGGAUCUAUUUCUCAGAGUUCCCUCUGUCAUUGCAACAUCCCUCUUUGUUCCUGGAGCUCCUUCAAAAACAACCCUCAUGAGUCAACAGAGUAGAGAUUUAAGCUCAAAGAGGAGUAGUGUCACUGCCUUCCAAAUGCUCGACUGCAAUCUGAACUCGUUGGAUCCUAAACCUGCGGUUCAAUGUAGAUGUGAUAAUGGAGAAUGCAUAGAAUAUACCAGAUCGAGGUUACCAUGUUUAGAUAAUAUGCUCAAAGCUAACUGCGAAUCAUGCAAGACCAGUGCAGUCGACUCAUUGCAGCCAAACAUUCUAAAUACUUUUAAAGUUAUCCAGGCUGAAACAACGAUAGAAGUAGCAACAACAAGAAGUAACGCUCUUCAUUAUUUAAGAUACCUGCCGACGUUUGCUGUGAACGCUGUGACAGGUUUCUAUCUUCUGUUUUUCAUAUACUUGCUAUCACAGACUAGAAAUCCCGCUGCACUGACCCAUACUCUUGGCUCUAUAGUGAAGUUGAACUUAGAUCCUUUGCAAGAACUCUCGGAGGACGACGAAGUUGGCAGUUGCGACUUCACUGUGGAAAAUCUACUCAAAAAAUCAGACAUUUUUCUGAUUGGUCACAUUAUAGGCUACGCUGGAAAGGCUGUUUUAUUCCGAGAUUUUGGCUUCGCCUGGCUCAUAAGCGUCAGCUGGGAGCUUACAGAGUUGUUGUACUGCGGAGUGCUGCCUAAUUUCGUGGAGUGCUGGUGGGACAUUCUCAUUUUCGACGUUCUCGCUUGCAAUGCUUCGGGAAUCUUUCUGGGAAUGGGUAUACUUGCCUCAUUCAAAAUACCCACACUCCAGUGGUACCAGUACUGGCAAGGAGAGGAAAGGACAGUGGAGUUACCACGAGGUAAUAAUCACCAUCAGCAACAGAAGCCAAAGCUAGUCGAAUUUCAAUGGAGGAAAGCUAUCUCUCAGGGUCUCUGGGUGUUCGUUCUCUUGUUCUUCUGCAACUCUGCAGAGCUCAACUCUUUCACGCUGAAAAGAGUAUUCGGCGUGCACAAAAACCACCCUCUGAACGUGAUCAGACUACUCAUUCACGCCUUCAUGUCAUACGGAGUCAUCACUAACUACAGAAUGUAUCUCAGAGGAACUUUAGCGUCGGCAAAACUCCUACCAAUGCAAUUCUGGGCGUAUCUGGCUGUUGUGCUUGUAGAGUUUGCCACUGCUGUAAAACAUGGGGACAUUUUCAGCGUUGCGAUUUUGCCGAGCAUGUUUGUGUGGAUCUCUAUGCUGUGUAUAGGGUCUGUCAUCUACUCUUGCCUGGCAUCAUGCAUUGACUCGCUUCUUACUACUUCAGCGAAGGUUAAAGACAAUAAACUUAAAAAACUCUAACAUCACUUCGCAUGGAAUGCUGUCAGCUGAAAUGGGAAAUUAAUUGAUUUUUGCAAUGAA